CAUUUUGACCCGGAAGCAGUUUUGGGUCCUUGUUAAUUCAAUGCUUUAGCUCGAACUUGAUGCUUCAGCCAAAAUAAACACACACAUUCUCUUUUCAUUUAGUUUCUACCAGAUAUGACCAGUCUUUGCAGUGCUCAAUGAGGUCUCACAUCAGCGAUGGCUGUAGUGUCGUGGAAGGAGAUCUUUCUUCUGACUGGACUGGUGGUGGGCUGCUAUUGGAACAGCCUGUUCUGUGGCUUCGUGUUCGAUGAUGUCUCUGCUAUCCUGGAUAACAAAGACCUUCGUCCCACCACACCACUACAGAACCUCUUCCUCAAUGACUUCUGGGGGACACCCAUGUCAGAGGAGAGGAGCCAUAAGUCCUACCGGCCGCUUACUGUUCUCACUUUCCGCCUCAAUUACCUGUUCAGCGAGUUGAGCUCCUCAUCGUACCAUCUCCUCAAUGUGGUUCUCCAUGCCGUGGUGUGUGUCCUCUUCCUCCACUUCUGCCGCCUGCUGUUGGACCGAAGCACCAGUCUCAUAGCGGCUCUACUGUUUGCUAUCCAUCCCAUCCACACAGAGGCUGUGACAGGUGUGGUUGGCAGGGCAGAGUUACUGUCUUCUAUUUUCCUGCUGGCUGCUUUCCUGGCAUACACCAAAUCAAAAAGUGCCGAUCACUCCAUUGUAUGGACUCCCAUCAUUUCAACGGUGUUCCUGGUUGCCGUUGCCACGCUAUGCAAGGAACAGGGAAUAACUGUCAUUGGGAUAUGCUGUAUUUACGAGGUGUUUGUUGCCCAAGGGUUCACUCUGCCCAUGCUGACUGACACCCUACUUCAGGUGUUGAGAGGAAAAGAUGGUUUUCCCUAUGCUGUCCUCCAGACCUUGCUGAAGCUCAUUGUCCUGAUCAUCAGCACACUUCUGCUGGUCAUCGUCAGGGUGCAGGUCAUUCAGUCCCAGUUGCCAGUGUUCACCAGGUUUGAUAAUCCAGCUGCCGUCAGCUCCACCCCGACCAGGCAGCUGACCUUCAACUACCUCCUGCCAGUAAAUGCCUGGCUGCUGCUCAACCCCUCUGAGUUGUGUUGUGACUGGACAAUGGGCACUAUCCCCCUUGUGGAGUGCCUGCUGGACCCUCGCAACCUCGCCACAGUGGUAUUUUAUGGCAUGUUGAGCCUCUUGGCUUAUCAAGGCCUUUGGUACAGCCACAGCUCUGCAAAGAUCGUCAUGAUGGCACUGUCACUGAUUGUCCUUCCUUUUAUCCCUGCGUCCAACCUGUUUUUCCCUGUGGGCUUUGUUGUGGCUGAAAGGGUCCUGUACGUGCCCAGCAUGGGAUUUUGCGUUUUGGUAGCUCAUGGAUUCAAACUUCUGUCCCAAAGAGGAGGCUUAAAGAAAAUGUCUUGGUGGCUCAUGGGAGUUCUUCUAACAACACACGCCGUGAAGACUUUCAACAGAAACUGGGAUUGGGAGUCUGAAUACACGCUUUUUACAUCUGCACUGAAAGUCAACAGGAACAAUGCAAAACUCUGGAACAAUGUAGGACAUGCUUUGGAGAAUCAGAAUAGCUAUGAGAGAGCUUUAAGAUACUUCCUUCAGGCCACAAGAGUGCAACCAGAUGACAUUGGGGCCCACAUGAACGUUGGGAGAACCUACAAAAACCUAAACCGGUCCAGAGAGGCAGAGGAGGCAUAUCUAAUUGCGAAAUCGCUUAUGCCACAGAUUAUUCCAGGGAAGAAGUAUGCAACCCGUGUGGCCCCCAACCAUCUGAACGUCUACAUUAACCUGGCAAACCUAAUUCGGGCAAAUGACUCCCGCCUGGAGGAAGCCGACCAACUCUAUAGACAGGCCAUCAGCAUGAGACCGGACUUCAAGCAAGCCUACAUCAGUCGAGGGGAGCUUUUGCUGAAAAUGAACAAGCCCAGUGAGGCAAAGGAUGCCUACCUACGAGCGCUGGAACUGGACCAUACCAAUGCAGACCUCUGGUACAAUCUGGCAAUUGUCAAUAUAGAGAUGAAGGACCCCUCGGAAGCUCUGAGAAACUUUAAUCGUGCGCUGGACCUGAAUCCACGGCACAAACUAGCACUGUUCAACUCAGCGCUUCUCAUGCAAGAGUCAGGCGAGGCGAAAUUUCGGCCAGAGGCAAACCGUCGCUUUCUCACUUAUGUGAAAGAAGAGCCGAAUGAUGCGAAUGGCUACUUCAACCUGGGCAUGUUGGCAAUGGACGCUAAUGAGAACGAAGAGGCUGAGCGCUGGAUGCGGGAGGCCAUUCGACUGCAACCCGGCUUCCGUAGCGCUAUGUUUAACUUGGCCCUGCUCUACUCUCAGUCGCAACGUGAACUGGAUGCUCUCCCGGUGCUUGAGGAGCUGCUGCAGUACCACCCGGAACACGUCAAAGGCCUGAUCCUCAAGGGAGACAUCCUCAUGAACCACCGCAAGGAUACGCGUGGUGCCAAGGCCUGUUUCGAACGCAUUUUGAACAUGGACCCCAGCAACGUGCAGGCCAAGCAUAACCUCUGCGUGGUGUACUUUGAAGAACGGGAGCUCCAGCGUGCCGAGCACUGUCUGGUAGAGACGCUCGCUAUGGCCCCGCAGGAAGAGUACAUCCGACGACACCUUGCCAUUGUACGCAACAAAAUGGCCGCCAUGAGCGCCGCGGGCCAGCCGAUUGCACCGACAGAGGGUGGUAGUGCAUCAGACAAACAGCUAGAGCAACAACCACAGGACAAACAGGAGGAGGUGGAAGGGCAGGGAGUUGCCUCAGGAGCAGGGGAGGGGGCCAGGAAAGAGAAGAAUUUAAGGAAAUCCUCCCCCAAAGAAAGCGUCAGCAACCAGGGCCACGGCCAAUCAAAGAAGCUGGAUGCAGGCCAGCCUGACAAGCGGACUAAGAGUAAAUCCACAAAAGAGAUUAAAGAUAUAGAAAAGAAAAGGGCAGCAGCCUUGAAGAGACUGGAGGAGAUUGAACGCAUAUUAAGCAGUGAUUAGCCUUGUUUAUCAACCACUACACUAUAUAUAUAUAUAUAUAUAUAUAUAUAUAUAUAAAUAACUAGUUAAAGUGCAAGAAUGAGACUUUUUUUUUAAUUGAGCCCUCGUUUAUGCAUGUGUUGUGGUGCUUUUGUUUGAUUGUUUUGUCCUUUAUAUAUUGUGUGCUUUACCUCUUUUUCCACAGCUUUAAUUAUGUAAAGCUGUUCAGUUGAAAAGGGAAACCAGAUGUACACACACAACAUGCUCUGAAAAAGCACAAAAUUAGGUACUUUUUUUUUUUUUUUUUAGAAUCCCUACUUAAAAAAAAUAAUUUCACCAUAUCGUUUAUUUAUGAUUGUCUACAUUCGAGUCACUGGAUUAGUUUUUGUCACUUAUAUGCGUUUUAUUUUACCAUACCACUGGCAAGUAUUACUCAUAAUCACAAAAUAAAAUAUUGAUAAUAUCAUCCAGACCAUUUUAUAGCAGGGCCUCUGGGUGGUCCGUCACAUGGCUGUUGUAAUUUAGUUCAGCAGACCCCUCUCCCUCUUUGCAUGACAUCACUGCACUUCCUCCGAUUCUCUGCUGCUUUUUUCACGUGUCAUUAUUGCUGUUGUUGUCUUUUAAAGUUUUGACACCAAAUGGUGCCAGGGUUUAAUUAUAUCCUCUGACCAUAAUCUCAUUCUGAAUGAAGGUCAGGGUUUUUUUUAGGCUUCUGGGAUAUUUCUGUAUGGCUUGGAUACCAUUUAGGCUCUUGCUGAUUUCACAGACCUUUUUCUUUUUCAAGAUUUUUCUUUGGAGUUUUUCUUUUCUUUUUAAGGUUUUCGUGGCUUUUCACUCUGUUUCUUGUUCUCCCCACAAAGAUCUUACCAUAACAUUAUAAUCAGCCUAUAAGCAGAAAAAGCUUUUGUAACCUUAAAGGAAUAAUUCACCAAAAACUAAACAUCUGUCAUCAUUUAUUUACCCUCAUGUCAUUUAAAACCUAAAUUAUGAUAAUGCACUGUUAUGCAUGAUGCAGAAGUGUCAUAUGACUUCUGUGCUACAUGAUAGCUUUGUUCGACCAACAGAAUCUAAUUUGUUACUCAUUGAAAACUUUGACUUAAGCUCACCAACUGCUUGUUAUUAUGACCUGAUCUUUUCAAUUAUCUUUUCGUUUUUGAAUAAUUAUGAUUCACUGAUUCUGCAAUCCAUUUGCAGCAGUUAACAACUUCCUGGAGAGACAGAUUUUAUAUGAAUGACUUUGAUAUUGGGGUUAUUCUCAUGCAGUUACCAUAUGACUUCAAAAGUCAAAUAUGGCACAUAUGGACCAUAAAACUACAAUGGUGAUUUUUUUUAACUCUAGAUUAUUACGAUUGCUUUGUCAGGAAUGAACAUCACAGUUCUUAAUAAAAAGUUUAUGUGUGUUUGGAGUGACAUGGGGUGUGUAAAUGAUGACAGAAUUGUCAUUUUUGGGUGAACUGGCCAUUUAAUGUGGUGAACAUCACAGCGUAGGGCAUCAUUCUUUGUGUGUUCUUUUAGAUUUUGUUUGUGGAAAGAAUUAAUCAUUCAUUUCCUAUGCAAAGUUUAUACGCCCAUGUGUUACUUCUGUAUUUUAAUGUGCUUCAGAUAUUCAUAUUCAAAUAUUCAUGUUGCACUUACAGUUAAGUUUGGUGUAUUAUUUCCUGAGAAGCCGAAACAAUAAUAAGUUCUUGAUGGAAUGCGGUCACCAUUUCACUGUUUACUUUGAAGGCAGGCCCUGAAAUAUCUUCCUUUGUCUCUGACCUUGAUCUUAACAGGAAAAAAGGUACCUGAGAGGCAGAAUCCUUAAUGCCUGUGGGAGUGCAUUUCCAUACAUUCAACAACAUGCAUUUAGCAUAUUAACAUCAAUGUGGGGAACAUAUGUUAUUUUGUUAAUUUUUAAUAAAGCCACUUUAAGUAGCAAAA